AUGAAGUCCACCUUUUUUGCUUUCCCUCGUUUCUACCGGGCAGUAUUAUUGCUACUGUUAACUGCCCGCCUAGCUUUUUCCUUCUCGGCACAUCUGGAUAACUCAAGUAUUAUUGUUGGCGACUCCUUGGAUUUGCUCUAUGUCAAAGAUUCUCUAAACUACCUCAAUGUCACAGUAAACGGGGAAGUGCAAAGCUUAUUAUUCGAACUUAAUUCUCCAAUAGUAUGGUAUUAUCUGCUGCAAGACUCUCUGGCCGAUUAUCAGGAAUUUAUUAUUGAGUACACUGAAGAUAUUAAAAUAUUGGGGGAGUAUACAAAUUCAAACAACAUAACUAUUGCAACAAACAUUUCAUUAAAUAACCAGAGCUUGGGGAUAAUAGACUCCCAAGGUGAUAUGGAGGAAUUAUUUGACAUUGCUCAAAAUGGUACCGACAACUUUUUAAACGGAGUAUUUGGACAUUCAUAUUUUAACCCGGUACUUAAAUCUUUGAAUUCUACAGGUGCUACAGGUGCUACAGACACGAAUGGCAAUUUCACCGCUAAGCAAAGCUACAGAAACAAUUUUCUUGUCAUGUUUUUUAAUAUUAAUGACAGAAUUCAGGUAAACUCCAAUCCUUCCCCGCUGUAUGUGACUGGCUGCGUGGUCUACGGUGAUGUUGAUUUUCAAUUAAUCAACAGUGAUGUUUACUUCACAUCUGUUUUACCUAAUUCGGAAUAUUUUUGGCUUAUCGGUAUAUCCACAAUUUCCUAUUUUGAUUUAGGAAAUGAUAACGAUAUUAGUUCUCGAAUUAUCUUCGACAACCUGAUCACUUUAGAUGAUGGUGCAAUUAUUCCUAAUAAUUCUAGAGUUGCAGUUUUUGAUUUAUCUAUUACUUCUACAGAUGAAGACGACUCGAUAUUGCUCAUGGCCCCGUUUGCAGAUGCGCACAAAUUACAUUCGGAAAUGUUUGGAAAUGAUUCUUUUUCGUAUGAUGACUCCUCGAAUAGCUUUUUAAUUGAUUGCAAUGAAACGAGAGUUUUGCAACUUAAUAUUGGUGGAAAUGCUUGGAAUAUAACUUCUAGCGACUAUGUUGGCAGUGCAUUUGGUUCUAAGUGUGUUAGUAAUAUCAAAAGUUAUGGUGAUGAAUCUAAUACUAAAAAUCAAACUUUCCUUAUAUACAACUAUCCCAAGUUGAUUAAUUCACAAUAUUGGGUUUUGGGAUCCAAAUUUUUCCUGAAGAUUACUCUAGUGUUUGACAUUGAUGAAAGCCUUGUUGGGUUGUCAACUCGUGACUCUUUAGAAACAAUUAAUUUUAUCACUGAUGAGACUUUAUUGGAGCAGCUUUUCAAAAAUGAGACUGGCUUGGCUUAUCUCUCAGAUACUGGUAACAUGAGCAGCAUGCCAUUUACGACUAUAAGCAACAUUUUCACUGAGUCAAUCUCUUUGAAUUAUGGUUCUGACUAUGCCACCACAGUUCUUGAAUCUCGAAUAAUUUUUGGAACAAUAGCAUCUAGCAGUUCGUCUACUAGCUCUAAAUCGUUCGGUGAAUCUUUGAGAUCAAAAAACGUUGUUUCCUCGACCUCUCAUAAAUGGAUACUACUCGCAUGCUCUAUGCUAGUACCGUUUAUUACCUUACUAUUUUUUUAA